CCCCCGUGGUAUACAUAAACUUUGGCUUUGCGCCUCUCUGGGGGAAGAAGGUCGCUCGCUGGGCUGUGCUGUCGCCAUGUCUUUUCGGUUCUCUGGGGGAUCCAGGGUCUGUUCCCGGGCUGGAUCUGCCAGGCUGUCCAGGGGAGGAGCAGGCUUUGUGGCUGGAAAUGUGUGUGUGGGGCCUGGAGCAGAAAGCAGCUUUUCUUGCACCCUUGGAGGCCUCUCUUCUGGAGGAAGCUUUGGCAAUGGCACUGAGGGGCCAGGACGGGGAAAUAGCAUUGGUUUCCUUAGCAACGAGCCUGGCCUCUUCUCUGGGAAUGAGAAGGUGACCAUGCAGAACCUCAAUGACCGUCUGGCAUCGUAUCUGAACCAUGUGAGUGCUCUGGAGGAGGCCAACGCGGACCUGGAGAAGAAGAUCGAGGGCUGGUAUGAGAAGUACGGGCCCGGCCGGGGCCGUGGAGUUGAACAUGACUACAGCAGAUAUUUCUCAGUCAUUGAGGAUUUGAAACGACAGAUUGUUUCCAUGACCACCUGCAAUGCCAACCUUAUUCUUCAGAAUGACAAUGCCAGACUCACAGCUGACGACUUCAAGAUGAAGUAUGAAAAUGAGCUUGCUCUGCACCAGAGUGUUGAGGCCGACACCAACGGUCUUCGAAGAGUGUUGGACGAGCUGACACUUUCUACAGCCGAUUUGGAGAUACAGCGUGAGGCUCUGAGCGAGGAGCUGACGUAUCUCCAAAAGAACCACGAGGAGGAAAUGGGAGUCCUGCAAAACGCGUCAGGGGGGAACAUCAACGUGGAGAUGAAUGCCGCCCCCGGCGUGGAUCUAACCGCCAUGCUGAACAACAUGAGGGCGGAAUAUGAAGAUCUGGCUGAACAGAACCGAAGAGAUGCAGAGGCCUGCUUUAGAGAGAAGAGCGCAGCGCUGCAGCAGCAGAUUUCAGAUGACGCGGGAGCAGCCACGGCGGCCAGAAACGAGCUAAUGGAACUGAAACGCAAUCUGCAGACUCUGGAGAUAGAACUUCAAUCCCUCAUGGCGAUGAAACAGUCCUACGAGAGUUCGCUGGCUGAGACGGAAGGGAAUUACUACGCUCAGCUGCAGCACAUCCAGGAGCAGAUCGUGGCGCGAGAGGAGCGGCUGCAGCAGAUUCGGACGGAGACGGAAGGCCAGAAGCUGGAGCACGAGCAGCUGCUCGGCAUCAAGACGUGUCUCGAGAAGGAAAUUGACACGUACUGCAACUUACUAGACGGAGAGGAACGAAGAAGUGAAUCCACAAGUUAUAAACCAAAGGACAGCAGGCCUGUAAAUGAAGUCAAUGACUCCUCAGGAGAAACGUUUGUCCGAACAAUGGUUGAAGAGCUAGAUCAGCUUGGCAACCUGCUUUCCCUGAGAGUGCACUCCGUAGAAGAAAAAUCCUCCAAAAUCAGCAACAUCACCAUGGAGCAGCGCGUGCCUUCCAAAGCCCCGUAAUGACAGACCACUCACCAAACAAAAUGCCGCCUCUGCGAAAACCCCACUGAUCAAGAAACCCAACCACGUUAUUCAUGCAUGUUCCAAAAAAGUCAAAGCACUAGACUCAGAUUUCCUUUUCUUUCUCUUCUCACACUGUCAUGAGCAACACGGACGGGGGAGGCGCCAGGACCCUUGACUUUGACAGAGAAAAAGAAUUCCACAGAUAGACGAUAUGAAGCAGAGUUGGAGAUUUGCUUUUU